GUUGUUAUCCGGUGUUUCGUGCGCGAAGACGAAGCGAUUGAGUAACAUCUUGCGGUGGAAAGUUAAAUAAAAAAAUCCAUUUUACCCCAUUAAUUUCACAAAAUGCUGUCCAUUUCGCGCUGUAACCUAGUGGCGCGACUCAGCCUCAAUCGGGUUCCGUGUGCGGCGUUGUCCUCUCGGUGGAAGUCUUCAGUUCCGUCGCAGAAACAAGACGACGAUUUCGGCUCCGGCGAAGAUGGCAUCAAAAUCAGCACCAAACCGAGUCAUCUUAGGCUGGAAAAGCGGAGCCCCUUGAUGAAAAAUAUGUUCAUCGGUGUGGUGGACACGGACCUGUUGGUGUACCCGGAAUCGCUCAACCGAGACGAGCAGUCCCGGGUGGUUUCGGAACGGGAAUCCCUCGAGCGAAUUGUCCGCACCAGUGAACCGAAAGAUCUUCCGCAGAAACUACGGCAAGCUGGGGUGUUCGGAUUACAAUCUCCGUUGAAUCACGGUGGCAAGCAGUUGAUUGAAACCGAACUGGCGUAUUUCAAUGAAAUCAUUUCCAAGGAUUUUGCUACGGGUUUGAUAUCUGGACAGCACAACGCAAUCGUUCAGCUUCUGAACCGGUUCGGUUCGGAUCAGCUGAAAGAACGGUGCAUGGAAGCGUUGAGCAGUGGGAGCCAAACGGUUGCCAGUGCCCUGUUCGAAGAGGAAGCCCCCAAUGGGACGAUGUUCAGCACCAUUGCCUCACAGGAUGUGGACCGGAGGCAGUGGCUUCUGAGCGGGACCAAAUCGUUUGUCAUCGACGGCGACAAGGCGGGCUAUCUGUUGGUGUUGGCCUCGACGAAAGCCAUGGAACAAAUCAGCGCCCAGGACACUACCAUAACGGCGUUCCUGGUGGAUACCAAUGCAAAGGGGGUCCGGAAGUCGGCGGCUACGGAAACGUUUGGACUCGAGGAUGUGAAACAGGUCGCGGUGAGCUUCGAUAACGUCGAAGUCGGAGAUGAAAACAUCUUGGGAAGAGAGGGAUCUGGAGCUGAAGUAUUGGUGGAACUUUUGAAAUCAACACGCGUCCAAACAAGCGUUCUGGGAGUUCAGCUGAUGAAACAGCUCCUGAACAACCUUACGAAAUAUUGCAUCGAAACGAAAACCGGUGGCGGACACAUCAUGGACAUUGAGAGCGUUGGCGAGGAACUGGCCAAGGCAACAUGCUCGAUAUACGCCGCAGAAAGCAUGAUCUACCUGACUACGGGCUUGCUGGACGACUUCGUUGGGCAGGACGCCGAAAUUGAAGCUGCCAUCACGAAAGUUUUCACCGCCGAAAAGCUGAUGGAAAUGGCCAUCCAGCCGUUACGAUUCGUUGGUCCUCAGGCUCUCACCAAGGGUCACCCACUGGAGAUUCUAUUCCGCAAUUCGGUGCAGUUCUUCGGGCAAACCGAAACUAUCGAUUCCGUCAAGUUUUUCGUUGCCCUGAGUGGUCUGCAACACGCUGGAAUGGCAACCCAUGAAACAAUUCGCAAGGAUCGCAACCCGGCCAUGAACCCGUCGCACGUGAUAUCGAAAAUCUUUGAAAAGAACACCAUCGACAACCCGAAGCAAUUCGUGAACUUGGAACACUUCAUGCAUCCCUCGCUGGAUCCGGCCGCCCACUGGAUCGAGUUCUCCAUUCAGCGGUUGCGACUGGCCACGGAAUGUGUUCUAUCCCGACACGGCACCGAAGUGAUCGGUCGCCACAUCGAACUGAUCCGGGUUGCCGACAUGGCGGUGCUCAUCUAUGCCAUGCUGGCCACGGCGGCACGGGCUUCCAGGGCGUACUGCAUAGGGCUUCGACAUGCCGAACAGGAGAUCUACCUGGCCAAUACGUUCUGCCAGGAGGGCCACGAAAAGGUUCGGGUGCUGGCCAAGCAGCUCGAACAGGGUCAGUUUAUAACCACCGACGCCAAUAAUAUGUCCCUUUCGCGGUAUUUGUUCAAACAGAAGGAGUACUUUUUCGAGCAUCCGCUGACGAAGAAUUUCUAGGACGUUAAGGACGGAAAUAUAGAUGUACAUUGUAAAUUGUGUUGGCCAAAA